AUGUUGUCAAGAUCUUACCUAAACGUUUCGAGAACUGUUCUUUACAGACCAUCUAUGGUGAUUGCUCAACGCAGCGCAUUCCACACUACUAGAUUCACACAAAAGAGUGCUACUGAAGUUGUCAAGGAAAAAUUGGACACUUUGAACAAAAAAAUUGGUCAAGUAGCUGCAGAAGGUAUUGAAAAAACACAGGAAGCCACUCAUAAGGCCGGUGAUGUUGCUCAAGAAGCGAAGGAAAAAGCCAGCCAGAAAUUGGGUGAAACUGAAGAACUUUCGAGAAGUUCCAAGGCUGAAUUGAAGGACAAAGCUCAAAGCACUAUGGGCCGUGCAGAGGACAAGGCUGAGGAUUUGGGCAAGAAGGCCGAAAAUGUCGGUAAGGACGUCAAGAAAGGUGCUGCUAGAAAUAUCGAAGAUGCCCAGGAUUACGUCGACAAGAAGACCAAGUAA